UGUGAUGAUAGACGUCACUGCCUAUGUUGUUUGUGUUAACCUGAAAAAGUAGUGUUUAUUUAUUUAUAUUUUAUCAAUUCUUGAUGUUUUUGAAAGAAUUUUUUGUUGAUUCACAAUCUCAGUAUAGAUUCAUUUGUGGAAAUAUAGUAUGUCUGUUGAGUCAAUCAACAUUCUCUCCGAAUAUAUUCACAUCAUCUGACCGAAAAUACAAUAUUUUUUUUACAAAAAUGGAGAUUCCAUCAUUAUUAUUUUGGAGAAAUUCGACAACCACGGAAACCCUACUAGUGUGACUCCUCUAGCAAUUGAAUAUCCAUUUAUAGUCUUUAAACGGUUAUUAUUGAAUCCUUUGGUACACUUGGACAAAAUGGAUUUUGAACUAGCAGGUCCCAGUAAUGGAGUUGGCCCACCGAGAAAGAAAAUGAAGCAUUCUGCUCCAAGAGAUUCCUCUCGAAGAGAUUUAGCGAGCUUUCCAAAAGAUGUUCUCCUUAAGAUAUUUGGAUAUUUAGAUUUACAAUCCAUAAAUAACUGUGCCAUGCUGUGUUCUACAUUCUAUAAUUUAUCAAAAGAAAGCUCGUUAUAUACAUCGGUGACAUUGAAGUACAACAUGUCCCCUCAUUUUUUAGAAUCGUUAAUAGCCAAAGUUUCUUGUCCCAAAGCAGUUUCCAUCAAAUAUAAACCAUUAGAUCAGCAUGCUGAGAAAGAAAACCUUUUGAUAUUUGAAAAAUAUGUUGAAUAUCAAUAAUUAAAAUGUGGAGAACAUCUUUUAUCUCUGAAAAUCGAAGGUUGUCGAAGUGAUAAAGUAUUACUUAAUCUGAAAGACUGUAUUUCUUUGAAAAGGCUGACCCUGUAUAGGUGUAAGAGCUCAUUCGAUGUUCUAGCGUUUCUCUGUCAUUUAACUAGCAUUAGUUUCACCUCUUGCCAUUUUCCACAGAAAGUAGUCAGUGAAUUGAUCAGGGCUAAUCCAAAUCUGAAGUACCUAUUUUUAUCAAACAAUAUCAAUGUAAAUGCCAAUGAAAUCUGCGAAAUUAUGUCCAAACAGAAUCCUGAAAUGAUGGAAGUAUAUUUCAAUGAGAGGAAGAAAGUGCGGGCCAAAAGCUUGAGAACUCUAGCUAGACUGACUAAUUUGAGAAAACUUGUUCUGAAGUCGAGUUCAGGUUUUGAGUGUGACCCUGAAGAUGCUCUGGAACUGUUGGCAGCUGGUUGCUCUCGUUUGGAGAAGUUAUCUAUUCAUGGUUGGAAAGAAAUAAAUGAUGAUAAUUUCAUACCCGCCUUGCGAAUGUUCACGCAACUAAAAACUCUCGAUAUGAGAGGUACGAGUAUAACAAUAAAAAGCUGUAGAGACGCAGCACUCACUUUGCCCUUAUUGGAAACUAUAGAUGUAAUUGAAUGCAAUAGGAUCAAAAGACAGCAGUUGAUUUCAUUGCGGCAUGACUUUGAAGACAUUAACAUCCCCUUGGACUGACAGCAAAUGCGUUUUUCUCUAAUAAAAUUGUUUUCUAUCCUAAGUUCUCUUUGUAAAUGUGUAAAUAAAUUAUUUUUAUGAAA